AUGGCUUCACACAAAACUGCCCAAAUCCGCCUUGUUAGUUCACAUGACGAGGUUUAUGAACCAUGUGAUGACUCUUUUGCACUGGUUGACGCUCUUCUAGCCGAUCGCACUAACCUAUUGGAACAUCAACCAACAUUGUGUAUGGAAAUAGGCUGUGGAAGUGGAUAUGUUCUUACUUCCCUGGCUCUUAUUCUUGGACAAGAAGGCAAUGGCAUAAAUUACAUAGCAACUGAUAUCAACCCACAUGCAGUGAAGGUGACGCGCGAGACAAUGGAAGCACACGGAGUUCAUGCAGAACUGAUAAUAACCGAUAUUGCAUCAGGACUUGAGAACCGACUAGCAGGUUUGGUUGAUGUAAUGGUUGUGAACCCUCCUUAUGUGCCUACACCUGAAGACGAAGUCGGGUCUGAAGGGAUUACCUCAUCUUGGGCUGGUGGUGAGAAUGGAAGGAGCGUGAUUGAUAGAAUUUUGCCUGUUGCAGACAAUCUUUUGUCAAAAAAAGGAUGGUUGUAUAUGGUUACUCUCACAGCAAAUAAUCCUUCUGAGAUUUGCGGUGAAAUGAGAAAGAAAGGAUAUGCAUCCAAGAUUGUUGUUCAAAGAUCAACAGAGGAAGAAAGUCUCCAUAUCAUUAAGUUCUGGAAAGAUUUAGAUAUUGAAAUAGAAGAAAUAAAUGACCAAUCUUCCUUCAUGGGAUCUUUGCUUGCACAAAUUCCUCUACUUUCACUAUGGAGAAGCAACGAUACUGAGAAAAAGUGUUGA